AUGCCAACGAGUCGCAACCUUAUGGCGAUCCAGAAACCGGCUAUGUAUUCUCUCGCAAUCACUCUUUUUGCUCUUGGUGACGGGAUCGCUGCCAUGACGGUGCCGAACAGUAGCCCGAGUUCGAGCUCGGCUGCAGCACCGACCGGUACCUCCUUUCCGUCUGGAUUUGACAUAAAGACCAGCUGGGGCAACCUGAGCCCCUAUUCAGACUCGGCCGGCUUUGGUAUCGACAAGGGAUUCCCCGCCCAGUGCGAGCUGUCCCAAGUGCAUGUUCUGCACCGUCACGCACAGCGAUAUCCCUCUUCGUGGCCCACCGACGGUGGUGGCAUGGAUAACUUUGCGGCCAAGGUCGCCAACUUUACCAAGCAGAACCCCGACAAAAAGGUCGGCUCGGGGCCGCUGUCCUUCUUGAAUGAUUGGGAGUAUAUGCUCGGGGAAAACCUGCUACUACCAUCUGGUGCAGCCACCGAGGCAACCGCUGGUGCUUUGUUCUGGAGCCAAUACGGCCGACUGUUGUAUCAUGCAGGCCGAGGCGACGCCAUCUACGAUCCCUUGAUGAACUCGUUUCCGAAUGGCACAGCGCGUCCCAAGCCCACGUUCCGCACAACCGAUUAUCCUCGUAUCCUUGAGAGCGCCCGCUGGUGGCUGAGUGGCUUCUUCAAUAACAUCGGAGCCAACAGCUCCUACUCGUUGUACGAUCUCACCAUCAUGCCCGAGGAUGAUGGCUUUAACACGACGCUGUCUCCAACCUCUACUUGUACGAAUGGUAGCAGCAACGGAGACCACAAUGUCGCCAAAUUCUACCCCACAUUGACAAAGGAUGCCCUAAGGCGCUUAUCUGCCUAUUUGCCGCAAGAACUUAACCUCACCACCAUGGAUGUCUACGCCAUGUUCAGCAUGUGCCCUUACGAGUACGCAACUUUGGGUCAAUCCUCGUUCUGCUCGCUGUUCACAGAGCAGGAAUGGAAGGAUUUCGAGUACGCCAUCGAUAUCAUGUUCUAUGGCAACAACUUUUUUGGUUCCCCCAGCGGCCGAGCACAAGGGAUCGGUUAUGUGGAAGAGAUAGCCGCGCGUCUGCAGUCACGUCUGAUCAUGAAGAGCGACAGCAGCAUCAACUAUACCUACGAUGACAACACCAAAGAUUUCCCGCUUCAUCAGCCCAUGUACAUGGACAUGUCCCACGAUACCGUGAUCGUAGCGGUGUUGGCUGCUCUGGGCCUGGACUAUUUCAAGUACGGUCCACAUGGCUUGCCUAGCGACGUCCCGCACGCCGUUCCUCGAAACUUCGUAAUGGACAAAGUUGCCCCAUUCGGUGCGCGUCUUUUCACCGAGGUCUGGACCUGUCCUAGCGAUGUGCGGCUCGAUAACCUUGAGGAUCAGAUGUAUAAGAACCCGGAUCUGUCUUCCAAUUCGGAUACAACGGACUACAUCCGCUUUGUGUUGAACAAUGCCCCCGUGCCGGUAGAAGGAUUGGCACCUUGCAAGGGCUCAGUCAACGGAUUCUGUGAUAUGAUGAAGUUUUUGAAUUACGUUCCUGAACUGACCCAGCGGGCCAUGUAUCAGGAAGCUUGCUUUGGCGACUACAACACCACCACCAUGGUUCCAAAUGGCCAACCUGUUCAGUCCUAA